AUGUCCCGUCGCUCCGACGCCACACAUUUCGAGCCGGGAGUGUAUUACACAUUGAGCAAUGCCAAUCUCUCAGGCAUGGCUCUCAGCUUCGGCAGCUCUGUCCCAGGAAACGAAACAAUCGUCAUGACGAGAUACAAACAAGUCGGGUCGGAAAACUGGCAGCUCUUCUUCCAGUCUGGGCGGUAUUACAUACGCAAUCGCGACUAUGGUGCAGGUUGGCAGCUGGGGUUUGAGUCGGGCAAAGAGACGAGCCCGAAAAUGUAUGCGCGCAGUGGGAGCGUGAGUCAGCAGUGGACGAUAGAUCUGGUACUGGGAGGUCGGAAGUUGAGAAAUGGGGCGGUGGAGAAGAUGGUGUUUGCGUUGCGGAAUGACAGGACGCCGGUGAUGCAGCGCGAGGACAACACGGACGGUGAGAUAUGGAGUGUGAACCGUCGCGAUCCAGGCGAGCCGGAAAGUAGCCCGAUCACGGAGGACAUGCUCAGACAAGUGGAUGGGAUGGAGUUAAUUUCAACUGCAAGUUCGACUUCAACUUCGACUAUGUCUACGUCUGCGUUUGCUUCGCCGGCACUGUCGAGCCCUUCAGCGCAGCAAAUGUUUCCCAGUGGCGCGAAAGCUGGCAUAGCCAUAGGAGUUCUUGCGUUCGUUACCAUCGUUGCAAUUGGUCUCUGGUUCAUCGUCAUGAGAAAGAAGAGGUCGCGUGUACACCGGGUUCAGAAAGAUGGAGUCACUAGUGUAUACGAGAGCGACAGCAAUGCUCGUAAUGAGUUACCAGCGUGGCCUACGCGACUGCAGUCGGCGAGGGAUAGUGAUGUGCGUGAUAGAGCAAAUUUGGUCCGAUUGCCGUAG